UGCAAUUUGUCGCGAUACACAGCGCGCUGCUGGUCGCUGUUGACGACUUGACGCGCGAAUUAACCGCGUGAAGCGAUCUGAGUGUUUGAAACAAAUACAUUUCGCCGCGGUUGGACGCGUGGGCAAUUUCAGCGCCGCAAAUAGCGCACACACGAGCCGAGAAAAAUGGAUUUAACCACUUCCCUGUUAGCCAGAGUAACGAAAUAACGCCGGAAAUGGGACGCGGGUCGAGCAGAUUUUCACCUAGAGCUUCUCACGAGAUCUCAUAACCCUGCAAUCAGGAACGCACACGCGGGAAGAAACUGAUCCCACUUUCACCCGAACAUGUCGGACAACGAGUCGAUUGAUCAGCGUGAGAAAAAUCUUAAGGUUUUCGUGCGAGUUCUGCCGCUCGAGAAACCGUGCGAUUGUUGCGCAAAAAUUAGCGCGGAUUGUAAGACGUUCUUCGUGAGAUGUCUGCAAAGUGCACGACGAGGUAGAAAGUCGGCGUAUCCUGUCUACUGGGCUUUUCCGACCAAUGGCAUAUUUCAUGAAGCGUCGCAGGACAGAGUGUAUCGCGCUACCGCGAAGGAUCUUCUGGAAAAAGUUUUAGGCGGCGUAAAUUGCGUGCUGAUCAGCUACGGGCAGACCGGGUCCGGGAAAAGUUUUACGAUCGGCGGUCUUAGGAACGACUGGAAGCACAGAGGGAUAGCUGCGCGGCUCCUGUCCGACAUGUUCGCAGUGAAGGCGAAUCGACGAAAGGUCAAUGACAUAUAUUACCGCCUAAGCUUCGUUGAGUUGAGAGGCAAAAACGUGAUUGAUCUUCUGACGGCGCGAGAGCCGAAGAUCGUGAACGUCCACGUCAAAGACGUCUUUGAGAAUAUCACCGUGGCGGACGUGAAGAGCGAGCCGGAAGCCUUGAGGAGAUUAUUCGAGGGAGAAGCGAGGAGAUCGACUGUAACGGGCGCCACGUAUCCGGUGUCGCACUUGGGUGCAGCCGUGAUCACUUUUCACGUGUCGAAUACGAGCUUGAUUAUAUCACAGGCGGUCGUAGCGGUAGCAAAAAUACACAUCAUAGAGAUGGCUGGAAUUGGCACGGUGGGAAAGUCGAGUUGCUCGAAAACGGCUAGCGACGUGGGUAUGGCGAAUUUGAUGAAAACCCAACUGGAACAGUACUUCUUGUAUCUUCGAAAACCAAGUGCCUCGACAUACAGUGUCGCUCGCUCGAGCUUGUCGAGACUGUUGAAGAACGAGUUCACUGUCACAUCUGUCAUCCGUUUCAUAUCUCACGUUCGCAUCACAAAGGAAGAUCUCGUUGUGACUUUGUCGACUAUGCGACUGACCAUGGAAAUCGCAAAACUAAGACCGAUCAAGACAAUACGGCACAUUCAGCCGCAGGCGGAGCUGAUCCUGCAGCAGCUGCGAGAGGAGGUAAAUGCGCUGAGGAAAGAGCUGCAGUUGAACGAUAUGUUCCUUCAGCAAGAAGCGCUGAUGAACAUCUCGAAAACGAGGAUCGAGCAGAUCGGACGGGAUAUUAUGAACUUUCUGAAAGGUUCCAUCUCGGAAUUGACACUCUUCAAUGUUUCGCAAGCGCAGAUAUUGGUGAAAAUCAUUAAGCAGCUGUACAACAAAUUAGUUGCAAAAGAAGAAGUUGAAGAGAAGUUAAGCGAAGCGUACCAUGAUGUAAUGAGCUCGUUGAUGCCAGCAGACACUACUUCGCUUGCGACAUUGUCACAAAACGCUGAAACGCACAGCGCAGUCGACUCGGAUUACGAUCGUAACGAAGACGAAGACAUUACGUCAGAAAUUACGUCAAAAAGCACCGACGACAAAAUGACAGUAGAGCAAGUAGGAAUAUUAAGUAAACACGGCAUCUCAUUGGGACCUGUUUUGCAAGUGGACAGCAUCACAAUAGGAUUAAAAUGUCCGACAGCACUAAAGGCGGUUUCGGAUAAUAAUGAAUUGCAAAUGACCGAACUUACAUAUGGAUGCGCGGACAAAGCGAGAAGAAUGUUUCGUCAGUUGCAACGAAUGAUGGAGCGCAAAUUCGAAGAGAGACACGGAAGAAAGAAAACACCGUACGCUUGUGUGGUUUCAAACGCGAACGAUAAUUACUUUACAACGAUCCACAAUAUUAAGGAGAAUAUUAAAACAAUAGAAAUACCUCGUAACGAUUCCCAGCAUAUGUCACAAUGUUACGACAAUAAAAUCGCACGAUAAACUGAUUUAA